AUGAAUGAAAGAUUUGUACAAGAGUUGAGUGUUCUUGAAAAAUUGUCACUUUCUCCAUCACCAAAUGUUGCACCAAACAAAGAUGUUGAUCCCUCUUUUUUUCCUCAAAUAUCCAAAAGGAGAAGAGUCACUAAUGUUCAUUCCAUGGCAACAACUGAAAGUAUGAAUGAAAAAUUUGGACAAGAAGAGGAGACUGAUGAUUACUAUGAGUUUACUGCAGAAGAUUAUUACAAACUGUUAGCUACCAAAAAGGAAGAUAAAUUCUUGAAAACUAAAAAACUUAGAGAAGCAGAAGUGGCAGCUCGCAGGUCAAGAAUAACCAAGGCUGUAAUUAGAGUUCGUUUCCCUGAUAAUCAUAUAUUGGAAGCUACCUUUCAUCCAUCAGAUACCAUCAAGAGUUUAAUUGAUCUCAUCGAUAAAGAGAUUGCCCAACCAGAUAAGCCAUUUUAUUUGUAUACUACUCCACCUAAGAAGCUGAUCAAAGACUUCUCCCAAGAUUUUUAUACUGCUGGAUUUUCUCCUGGUGCCAUUGUGUACUUAUCAUAUUGAUCAAAAUCUCUUUGAUUUUACAAUGUG